UAAUUCUCUUGCAUCUCAUCAUGUCUAAACUUAAUCUAGGAUUACAUAUUCUUGCCAUAUAUGUUGUUUUCAUUGCUUACCAAAUCCAUGGAGGUGGACUGCAUCCAACCAGCCAAAAGGCAUGGUAUGCACAUGCUUCUCCGUCAAAAUAUUCCAAUGACAUCGUUUAUUUUGCGGCACAUAGGACACAUCCCGGUAGCUACUAUGGACUUGCUGCUACAAUGGAUGUGUUUGGACACAAUAUCAGUGCUGGUCAUAUCAUAACAUCUAUUUGGAUUGCUAACAUGGAGGGUGAUCCAAAGACAAACGAGAAUGCAAUUUGGGUUGGAUGGCAAGUUGACCCGAAAAAAUAUGGGGACUCACAUAGUCACUUCUUCACGUGUUGGACGAGAGACACAUAUCAUACAGGGUGCUAUGACAUGGAUUGUCCCGGUUUCCAGCUAGCGAAGGGGGCACCAAUAGUUCCGGGUGGUACAAUAAAACCAGUCUCUCAUGUUCAUGGUGCACGUCAAAAGAUUACAAUUAAAGUGUUUAGGGAAAAAUCCACCAGAAAUUGGUGGAUACAUUAUGGCUUCAACAAGGUUCCCACACCGGUGGGCUAUUACCCAGCAAAACUGUUUGACAAGUUAUCGAAGAAGGCGACUCAAAUUUCAAUUGGUAGCGUUGUUGGAGGGAGUCCGUCUGUCCCAUCCCCUCCAAUGGGCAGUGGAUUCUUGCCGUCUGAUAAAGCUGCAUUAAUCACAGAUAUUUCACUUAUUGGGCAAGAUGGCAGGAUGACACCUUUUACUGUGAAUACAGACAGAUUAGAGAGUAAGAGUAGCUGUUACUCUAUCACACCUAUCGAAGGUGCAAAAUGUUCAUAUGGAGGACCAGGAGGUUGCUCCGCCUAGCUUAAGUAGAUUUUACUCAUAGGUACAUGGAUGUGUUGCCAUGAGUCAUGUAAACGCUUAAGAAUAAUGAUUUGGCUUCAAACUCA